CUCCAGAUAUCAGAUACACGUUAACCACAAGCUGGUGAAAGCCGAUGAAAACUUGCCACGAGACACCGUGAGACCAGACUGUUUGCGCUGUUGGAGCUCUCGUGGCUGAUUGGUCACACGCGUGAGUUUGGUGUGGGCCGCCAUAGCUUUCAAAGUAUUUGUCGCGGGUGGAGGGGCACCCCAGGGUGCCCUCAAGCAACGCCCCUGCAGGGCGCAGGUUGUUCCCGCAAUGGCCGAAGCGGCACCUGCAGGUCCGUGCCUCCGGUGUGGCCGGCCGGGCGCCAGCCACGCCGCGGUGGUGGCCGUCCCGUCCAUCUUCCAGAAGGUGGAGCAGUGCCCCCAUCGGCCCUUCUGCGACGAUUGUGCGGACCGGAAGGAGGACCUGACGUUGCCCCAGUGCGAGUGCCGCGCGCUCAUCGCCUCCUGGGACCCCCCGCGGCCGCCGAGGCCCCCCAAGCCGAGGCAGGCACGCCUGGUGCACCAGGAGGCUGCCAGCGCCCAGCGCGCCCAGGCGUUCGCGCCGGCGCAAGCGGCCGCGGGCGCUACAUCGUCGCGGCGGCCGAGGGCAGACAUUGCCAGCAGCGCCGCUGCCAGCGACGGCGCGGCCAUGGAGGCAGUGGUGCAGAGAGCUGUGACUGCCCUGGACAAGCUCAUGGGCACGAUAGGUAGCCCUGCAGCGCGCACUUCCAAUGCCAGUGCCGCCAGCAGAGAUCUUGGCUCCGCGCGAGAGCGGCCGCCGGCGGAGACGGACGGGCCCCUGCUGCCCCGGCUGGCGGCUGGCCAGGCGACCAGCGACUCGCCGGAGGGCCUGCCGCUGUCUCCCCGCGCAGCGGCUGCGGACGCCAGCCAGCAGGUCGGCGUGUCCAGCGGCCCCGUGGCGGCCGCUGCCAGCCAGACGCUGGCGCAGUCGCUGCAGCUGCGCGGGGGCAGGCCCGCGAAGCCGAAGACUCCACCUGGCAGUACCCCGUGGUGGCGACCCUGGAAGAGUUGACAGUGUCUGCGGCGUCCUCCAAGCAGUUUGAGACGCAUCGCGGCUUCCCGUUAGGGCGGCAGGCGGCUGCCUGGCCCGGCGCCUCCCACGGCUGAGGCGGCCGCCGCGGGGUCUCUGCGCGGGGUGCAGCGCACGGGCCAGGAGCAACGAAAAGGACAGCGGCGGUGGUCACGGCGGUUGUCCUGCAGCCCGGGGAGCCCUCGCC